GCCAUGUGGAAGGGCGGGUUCACCCUGGCCAGGGCACUGAGGCCCAGGUCAGCCCCUCGUCUGGGGUCGAAGCUGUCAUCCAGAGUGUCGAAGCCGGCUGCCGCCUGCCGUCUGCUGUGGAGCUCUGCGACCCGGUUCUCCCAGGCCGGGCAGCCAAAGGACUAUGCCCUGCCCAAUGCCAGCUGGAGCCAGGGCAUGCUGAACCUGUACAAUGAGUUUGUGGAGAAGAGCAAGGACGGAACGUGGAAAAGGAUCCCGUCCUAUCGGCACAGCCUGGAUCACAUCCCAGACUCGAUGAAGCUGGAAGGUGAGAAGGUGCAGAAGGAUACUCGCUUCUUCCUCCGCAACCUGGAUGAGGAAGGGCUGGGCUUUGAGUACGUGAUGUUCCUCAACCCCUCGGAGAAGAGGAUGGUGACCGUGUACCAGCCGGGCCCCUACCUAGAAGGGCAUCCAGGGUUCACUCAUGGAGGCUCCACAGCUGCCAUGAUUGACAGCACCGUCGGAGGCUGCGCCAUCUUUGUUGCUGGGAGGGUGAUGACAGCCAACCUCAGCAUCGACUUCAAGAACCCUGUUCCCCUGGGCUCGGUGGUGCUGGUGGACAGCAAGGUGGACAGAACGGAGGGGCGGAAGGUGUUCCUGUCCUGUCAGGUCCGGAGCGCUGAUGGCCAGACCCUCCAUGCUGAGGCUACAGCACUCUUUAUCCAGCUGGCUUCCCUGACCCGGAGGUGAACUCCUAGCAAGCCUGUCGGAUGAAGCUGCCUGUGGCUGUGCCCCUUUAGUCCCACCUUCCCUCCCCCCAUCCUCCCCAGCUCCACAGCUUUCCCUGGACGUGAGUGACGGGGCCUGACCCCUCAGAAGUGACCUCCGUGGACUCAUAGCCACUGCAUCGUGGCCUCCUGGGUGCAGCUCUCCUGGUAAAAAUCCAAUUAACCUUGGAACAGGAAGGACCCGCAGCCUGACGUAUAAGGCACGGCAUUGCGCCCAGGGUGACUCUGGGUGUUUUUGUCCAGAGAAGAGGAACUGGAGCUAGUUCUGUUCAAUUACAUGCUAGUUUAUUAGGAUAUUAGCAAUUGAGCAAGAAUGAUCAGUAGCAGCUACACAUGGCAGGGGAUACACAGCUAUACUUGCUGCUAGGGACUGGGUUCUUGCGUCUCCCGGCACCUGUCCUCACAGGUAAGGCAAAAUUCCAGCCUUCGCACGCAGGUUUCUGCAUUGUGGAGUGUUAUACAGCUCCAAUGCACGUUCUGUGCUUCUGCCGAGCCCUCGAAGCUCGUGAUCUCGGCCAGUUCGGCAGGGAGCAAAACUCUUGACUCAUGCUGCAUGACUGUUGUUCCUACGCGGAGUCUGUGUGUUUGGUGCAAUCAUCAGCCUGCUAGUCUCUACUCACUUGAAACUACCCCCUACAGAUGUGCUAUCUCAUUCUAGUUGUGAUCAGGACAGAAUCGUUUUUAGAAUCGGUUUCUCUGCGUGGUGGAAUGUAGUGACACACCCAGUGCCAAGGGGAAUCCUUGUAUCCCGAACCCCAACAGCUGUCGCUGCCUGUCAGAGGGCACAUCCGUGGCCUGAAGAAGCCGUGAGCUCUGCAUAGCUUCAAAUGCUGGCGUCCAAGAACCAGCACCAUUGCCCCCUUCACUGCCCGUUCUCAGCUGCUCUAGCAUCUUGCUAGGGAUCUUGCCUCUGAGCUCUACGCCUCUUCCAUGGGACCUUUUAGAUAUUGGGUCACCUUCUCUGGUUCUUCCAAAAUGAAAUCAAACCAGUAUUUUGGCCUGUAGGUCUGGACCUCUUCAGCGUGGAAGAGGGACGGUCCCUGUUCCUUUUAAAAUAAGCCAUGUUUAGCCCUGGUGCUGAUCUGCAAGCAUUACAUGAGCCAGAGGAGAAACCAGGCUCUGUAGCGGUAAGCCAGGAACAGCGGCUUCAGGGGAUGGAGUUUUGGAGCUGGUCAAAAACUUCCCCAUUUAAAUUGUUUUCGGACAAACUCUUUCACUGUUGUCCUCCCCCCCCGUUGCCCCCUCCAGCUUUCCCCAAAAAUGUUCCGAGUCGGCCAGAACCGCUGAGGAAAGAUGAACGUGAUUCUACUGUACUAUACUGAACCGUGUUGCAGUGCAUUGUGGGACACAUCAGGAGCUUCAUGCUCCUGUUUCUGCCAUGCUGCAUCUCCCAUGGUGCAUUGUGGCUGCCACAAUGCACUGUGGGAGAUGGAGUCUGGCUCAUAAAGGAGCUGGGUGCCCUGCCGGUUCUGAGCAAACACCCCAGGCAUCAGCUUUCCAGGUCCAGCACGUGGAGGUCCUGAUUCUGCCUGUGUGGGCUGCGAUCACAGCUCAGUUGCUGGCACCAGGCUCCAGGGAGACAUAAACUUGGCUUCUUCUGUUCCCCUGCUGUGAACUCGGCGUGCCAAGCUGCCUGCAUUUUCCUAUCCCUUGGGAGUAAGUUGUCAUGGGAUGGAGGGGAAACUACAGAACCAGGAGACUCAGGACUUGGGGACUCUCCUCUACACGCUGCUGCUAUUGAUGUGAUCUUGGGCAAGUCACGUAACACCUAUUUGCCUGAGCUUCCCCAGUUGUAGUGUAGCAGAGGGUGAUGGAGCUCCUCAAGCCUGGGAGCCUGCUUUGCAAAUGAAUCUGUUGUCUCUCCUCGGGGCCAUGUCUUUGUAGCAAAACCUCCCUUGCAUGUGAGAUAGUGAGUGAUGGUGAAUCUAAAAGGUCCCUGCUUCAGCUUCUGUCAGACACUAUGGCUUUCUGGGGGAUGAGCAGAUGGCUGCACGCAGCUGUCUGCACCUGGGGACAGCCUGGCUUCCCCCAACUUGGAUGUCUCAGCAGAACCCACCACAGUCUGUCGUAUCUGCUGUGCAGAGGACCCCAACUCCAGCUCUGGAGAGCCCCAAGCCAGCCAGGCACUCGAAGCAAGGUCCAAGAGCCUGUACAGAGCUGAACUGCCUGAGGACUGUGUUCCCCUGCCCCAGCCCCUUCCUGGGAUCUGGACCCCUGCAACACUGGCCUUCCCCAGGCGAGCUAAGGGUACAGCUGGCAGAGGAGAGUCAUACACCGACUAUUGGCUUUGUAGCUGACUCAGUCCUUUUGCUAAAGGAGCGAAAACAAAACAGGCUUUUGCCAAAGGCCAGCUACAGCUAAUCUGCAGUGGGAGAUCAUCUGCUCCUAGCCCAGGCACCCAGAGCAGGAAGCCAUGUGUUGGCAAGACCUGUUUCACCCAUGGUGCUGGAGUGCUUUUUGCGUGGGCUGUGCCAAGUGUGUCCUGCCUUGCACCGGAUUCUUUUGCCUGCAGUAUUGCCCUGACUAUGUCAUUCUCUUACAUCCCUUUCACUGCAGCACCCAGGCUGCCGUCUCUGCCCCUGUAAGCAAGAGGCAUCAGUCUGCCCCAUGCAUGGGGUGUGAGGUUAUGCACUGAUGGAGCUACAUAAUAUGAAAUAAAGUGCUGAUGUGUCCUGUCA